AUAAUGUUAUACUCUUAAAGUUCAAACAAUUAUAUUGAUCACAAAAUCCAAUUAGACUCCUCAAUACCAUUUAAAGAAGAGGCAAAGAUAUACAGAAAGGUAAAAGGAAAUGCACAUGUAAACUUACUUUUUCCACAGAUGCAUCAUCAAGAAAAACCACCAGAAGAUAACCUAACUGAACUGAUGGAAUUUGUUCUCUUGGGCUUUGCUGACAUGCCCCAUCUCCAGUGGUUUCUUUUUGGAUUAUUUCUAAUCAUCUAUAUCAUCAUCCUGAUGAGCAAUGGCACCAUAUUUCUAAUGACAAAAAUGGAUCCUGCUCUCCAGAGUCCUAUGUAUUUUUUCCUGGCAAAUUUUUCCUUCUUAGAAAUCUGCUAUGUAUCAGCUACUCUCCCCAAAAUGCUGAUGAAUCUAGGGACCCAGAGAAGAAGAAUUUCCUUAGUUGCCUGUGCUACACAGAUGUGCUUUGCCCUUAUGUUUGGAGGCACUGAGUGUUUGCUCCUGGCUGUGAUGGCCUAUGACCGCUACGUGGCCAUUUGUAAGCCUCUGCACUAUCCUCUAGUUAUGAACCACAGGGUCUGUAGCCAGUUGGUGACUGGGUCCUGGACUAUUGGAAUCCCCAUUAUGAUAGGGCAAACAUAUCAGAUUUUCUCUCUGCCUUUUUGUGGAGCCAAACAAAUUAACCACUUCUUCUGUGACAUUCUCCCAAUACUCAGGCUGGCUUGUGAAGACACCUUUGUAAAUGAGAUGUUGGUCUACAUACUUGUUGUGUCAUUUGCCAUGGUUCCUUUUCUGUUAAUACUUGGCUCCUACGGUAAAAUCAUCUCCAUCAUCCUGAAGUUGCCGUCAGCCACAAGUAGAGCCAAAGCCUUCUCCACCUGCUCAUCUCAUCUUAUGGUUGUGGUGGUAUUCUUUGGAUCAGGCAUUAUAACAUACUUAAGACACAACACCAGACAUUCAGAAGGAACUCACAAAGUACUUUCUCUUUUCUACACUAUCCUAAUUCCUAUGAUUAAUCCCAUGAUAUAUAGUCUAAGGAACAAGGAUGUCAUAAUGGCACUGAGAAAAUUGCUGUGUAAAUAA